AUGGCCGAACACGAGGCAGCGGUGCGCAAAAAUGACGCCGGCUCUCAAGUUGCGGCUCAUUCGACGAGAUCCGGUCACACAUUCAAAUUCGAUGAGGCCGAAAUUCUCGCAAGGGGUGACAAUCGCGUGAGCCGGGAGCUACUGGAAUCAUGGUUUACUGGCACCCAGUCCAUCAACAAGUGCAACGAUCUUCCCACUCCGUACUCCGUGCUGAAACUUCGCCUAGGCGGAGUAACAAGCCAUGCGGGGAGCGCAGAGGUGGACACUUUUCCCAACACCGGGGUGGGUGCGUCAGAUGGUCGAGCAAUCAUCACGCCAACAUCCAACGCACGUGAUGAAAUUGCAGUAAUUAUCGACUCGAAUGUCGGCCAUCAAGCAAUGAUCACACCAAGUGAGACGAUCUCGGAUGAAGGGGGAGCCGUGAAUGUCCAUAGGUAUGCGGUAGCAUGGCUACUGCAUUCUAUAAAUACCGCAGCCCCUUGUGCAACAACCACCCGUUUCUGCUUUUUUGUCUCUGACGAUGGAUUCGAGUAGGAAUCCGAAACGCCAGGCUAAUAAAGCUCUUGUCUCGGCGAUCGUGUCUCCUUCUUCAAGACUACUUCCUGGGACUCGUCUCUUCGCUUCUAUUGGCAAAGCAAGAAGAGUCUGGACGCCAAAAUGGGGGCAACUUUGACGCUACAAACGUGAUGGCAUCCCUCAGUGUCAGGUAACAUGCAGUUUGAACUCCGAAAACCCUCCAUCAGGCUUAGAACCGCAUAGCGCUAGGUACCACCACGGCCUCUGCAUGAUGUUCAGUGCUUGUGCUUAUUACAACUCUAAUCAUGGCUGAAUAAGCCGACCUUAACGACGUCACGAAUUAUAUCUCUCCACGGGUGACAACCUGCGGCAGCGGAUCUGAGGAGCUUGGCUUAUUCUGUCCUUCAAGUACGGAAGGUCAAGCGUCACUUCCACGUCUUGGUGAACUAUGUCGAGCCAAGUUUUAAGUUAACCUCUUCUUGGACGCCUCUGGAUGGGCAACGACGCCGGACUAAUAUUGAGUCAACGAGAUGGACAGAAAAGAACGAGCCAAAAUCGUCUCAGUCGUCUUUUCUGAAUGAUCUGAGAUGCUCUCGCUGUGCUAUCGUAGGCAGUGUGGACUGUUUGUGCACCGCAUCGGCUAUUUAUCCCCGAAAGGGAGAGGGGGAUCAGAUGGCGGCUGUUAAGUACCCAACGCUCGUGGGAAUAUAUACUCUGCAACUGAUAUUUUUCUGGUCUAGGAAUCAAAACUCUUGAACACCACACCAGUGGCACCAUGACUCAAGAGCUGCAGCCAAAGGUUCCAAACAGUGCAAGUGAUUGUCCUGAUGGAUUGGAUGACCCAUAGAGGUCCUGUAUUUCGUAAGUCUUUAGCAAUCAUGAGAACAGCUGCGGGCGAGACGACUCAAGUGCUGGUCUAAGAUCCCCGAAGUGACCGAGCAGCAUUAAGGAACAGGCAUGGCAGCUUCUAGUGAGUGGCAAUAUAUAGUGCAAAGGAAGUAAGUUCAACAGGCGGUGGUUGCUCACCAGAGAGCAUGCUUAAAGACAACCAGGCCAACAAACAAAACGGCGGGAAUACAGUGUCGCAACACUUAGAAUUGUCUAUUCCCCCACCAGCCUGUCUUACGGGCGGACUACUACUACUACUGCUACUGCUACUGCAACUACCGCUACUGCUGCUGCUACUACUACUACUACUACUGCUACUACUACUACUGCUACUAAUACUACUACUGCUACUACUACUGCUACUACUGCUACUACUACUGCUACAACUGCUACUACAACUGCUACUACUACUACUACUGCUACUACUGCUGCUACUGCUGCUACUACUGCUACUACUACUACUGCUACUACUGCUGCUACUACCACCACUACUGCUACUACUACCACUACUACCGCUGUUACUACUAAUACUACAACCACUGGCGGGAAUACAGUGCGGCAAUACUGA